AUGUUUUCAUUUUUAAUAGCCAUUGAUGCUGCAGUUUCUGUGCAGAUCCUGAUCUUGAUAUCUGUGAUUUUGAUGGUAACUGUAGGCUUCAUAUUGAAACUCUGCUUUGGACAAGAUGGGGAAAAAGAAGAUGAACAGAUAGUUGCAGAAAUCAUGAGAAGGCGUUUUUUCCCUGCUCUUAUAACUCAUAAGGCCUGGGAAGGCUUUCACUUCGCUGGCCAUGAGAUAAGAAUUACUGAAGCCACUGAUUGUUACGGGGCAGUCGUCUGGCCAUCGGCUCUUGUUCUGUGUUAUUUUUUGGAAACUAACUCUAAACAAUACAAUUUGGUUGACAAAAAUGUGAUUGAAAUUGGAGCUGGAACUGGGUUGGUCUCCAUAGUAGCCAGCUUACUGGGUGCUUUUGUGACUGCCACUGAUUUGCCAGAACUUCUGGGAAACCUUCAGCACAAUGUUUUCCAAAACACGAAGCUGAAAUGCAAGCACCAGCCUCAUGUUAAGGAAUUGUCUUGGGGAAUUGAUCUGGAAAAGAACUUUCCUAGGUCUUCCUGUCACUUUGACUACAUUAUGGCUGCUGAUGUCGUUUACCACCAUCCCUUCCUGGAUGAACUUCUCUUAACUUUUGAUCACUUGUGCAAGAAUGACACUGUUAUUCUGUGGGCUAUGAAAUUUAGGUUGGACAAAGAGAACCAGUUUGUGGGCAGAUUUCAGACACUGUUUGACUUAGAGGUGAUUUCCGAUUUCCCUAGUUUGAACAUAACCUUGUAUAAGGCAAUGAGGAAAGGCAGGGUGAAAGUCAGACCUUCCAAAGUGAUGGUCUGA